AUCUUGGUGGCGUCUCAUCUAUCGUUUCUUUACGCGCGAGAGGGUCUGUCUGGAGAGGUGACUUACUUUAAAAUAGGAGCAGCGUGUUUUUCUUAAUGUGCCACUUCCUGAAAUGGCAAAACCUUUAGAUCACAUCAAGAGACCCAUGAACGCCUUCAUGGUGUGGUCCAGAGGCCAGAGGAGAAAGAUGGCCCAGGAAAACCCGAAGAUGCACAACUCUGAAAUCAGCAAGAGACUCGGCGCGGAGUGGAAGCUGCUCUCCGACUCUGAGAAGCGCCCGUACAUCGACGAGGCCAAGAGGCUGCGGGCUCAACACAUGAAGCAGCACCCGGACUACAAGUACAGACCCCGGCGCAAACCUAAGAGUCUGAAGAGGGACCGUUUUGUUUUCCCGCUGCCGUCUCUACUCGGGGAGGCAGAGCACUUAAAGGGGGUUUCAGUGGAUUCCCUUCUCGUCUCCGGGGAUAAGGCCAGAGCUCUCCUCGUUCCCACUUCCUCCUCGCCGUCCUUCUCGCUCCUGGAGCCGGUGGUGCAGUUCAGCACCGGAGGUGUCCAGCAGGUGACAGAGAUACCGCACACGCUGACUGCAGGGGCUCUGCCUUACGGCGCGCACGCGUUUGGAUAUCAGACCGGGGGGAUUGGGGGGCUGGCUUGCCCAGGACAGCACACCCACAUCCGCCCGUCAGCAUCCAGCCUGGGAUACGUAGUGAGGUGUAACUGUAGUUCCUGGUCUGCUGCCAGUUUACCGCCUCAGGUGGCUUAUAUUCUCUUCCCUGGAGGGAUGAGCAAGAGCGGCAUGUACUCGUUUACUUCACCCAGCUCUAGUGUGUGA